UGUCUGAGAAAACCUUGCGAAAUUUGACAGCGGAGGAUGACAGCGAGUGCAACGCGAGCCGCGCGCAUCCACGCACUUCAGGAUGAGAUUGGCAGUCUCAAAGCGCUGCUGGCUGCGAAAGAAGCGGCGCUGGCACGCGAGGUCGCACUGGUCGAGCAGGACCACGAGGACAACCAGGACGAGGUUGACGCGACUGCAGCAGCCACCGAGCGAUUGAACAAGAAUGAUGUAGCACGCUUCAGCAGGCACCUGCUGAUGGAAGAGAUUGGCGUCACAGGACAGCUCAAGCUCAAGCAUUGCCGAAUUCUGGUGGUCGGUGCUGGCGGACUUGGAUCCCCUGCGUUGUUGUAUUUGGCGGCAGCCGGAGUUGGAACGCUUGGCGUCGUGGACUACGACGUUGUCGAUUUGAACAAUCUGCAGCGCCAAGUGCUCCAUUCUGAAACCCGCAUUGGGAUUCCGAAAGUGACAUCCGCUGCGAUAGGGAUUGCCCAAAUCAACUCUGCCUGCCAAGUUCGCACAUUUAACUGUGCGCUGACUCGCGAAAACGCUCUGGACAUUGUUCAAAACUUUGACAUUGUACUGGAUGCGUCAGACAACCCAGCAACACGCUAUCUCAUCAACGACGCAUGUGUCCUGCUUGACAGGCCUCUUGUCUCUGGCAGUGCCCUUCGCAUGGAAGGACAGCUAACAACAUAUCAUAUCAAUGGAGGCCCGUGCUACCGGUGCAUUUUCCCAGCUCCACCAGUUGCCACGACCGUGACAAACUGCUCGGACGGCGGGGUGCUUGGAGCAGUGACUGGCAUUAUUGGCGUUCUUCAGGCGCUCGAGGCUGUCAAGAUUGCCGUUGGACUGCCAGCGGCUUUUGCGCAGCAGUUGCUCUUGUUUGACGGGACGCUUGGAAAAUUCCGCUCCUUCAAGCUCCGCAAUCGGCGGCCUGACUGUGCUGUGUGCGGUGAUCAGCCGACCAUCACGCGUGAUCUGAUCGACUAUGAGGCCUUUUGUGGAAGUGCUGCUUGCGACAAGACGCCGAGUUUGAAGUUGUUAUCGCCUGACGAAAGAAUAUCCUGCAAGGAUGCCGAGAAGUUGCUACGUGCAGCAACCUCCACAAAUCCCCUGCUCAUUGACGUCCGACCGCGGUUGCAGUUCAACAUUUGCUCGCUGCCGCAGUUUAUCAACAUCCCCUACGCACCACCAAACACGCAGGAUGCAGAUUUCAUUGCAUCAGUGCAGGAACUAUUGACUAGGCGAGAGAGCGCGGGCCUUCCCACGCGCCCAGAAGUGGUCCUCGUUUGCCGGCGAGGAAACGACUCUCAACUCGCAGCGCGCUUGCUCAAGUCAACGCUCGGACUCGAUCAAGUUGUUGAUAUCGCCGGAGGACUCGAAGAGUGGAGCCGGUGUGUCGAUCCGGAUCUUCCAAUGUACUAGAAGCUCCCCCCCCCUCAGGCUCACAGCUGUGCGUUACAGCACGCUCUAUUCAUCCCAAUCGUCACAUGUGUUUUUGGUUUGACUCUUAAACUUUUGUUUUUUGUGGCUGAAACAGUAGAAAACACGCAUUUGGUCAGAUGACCUUGUGUGGUACUGCUGGGAAGGGGUUUUGUUGAGGUUUCAAGACCCAUUGCAAUACAAAAAUUCAUAAACCAA